AUGCCAUCCCUAAAACUCUUCACUAUGACUUUAUUUGUACUAGUGUUGGUUUUAGGCUUGUGGUGUAUUAGUGAGGUUCAAGCUGAUCCUCAAGUACCUUGUUACUUCAUAUUUGGUGACUCUUUGGUAGAUGAUGGAAACAAUAAUAACCUCAAUUCUUUGGCAAAAGCUAAUUAUCUUCCUUAUGGGAUUGACUUUGAAGGUGGUCCAACAGGAAGGUUCUCCAAUGGAAAAACUACUGUUGAUGUUAUUGCUGAGCUCUUGGGAUUUGACGGAUACAUAUCUCCCUAUUCAACUGCCAGAGAUCAAGAAAUACUCAGAGGAGUCAAUUAUGCUUCUGCAGCCGCUGGAAUUAGAGAAGAAACUGGCCAACAAUUGGGAGAUCGUAUUAGUUUUAGUGGGCAAGUACAAAAUUACCAAAAGACAGUGUCUGAAGUUGUAAAUUUGCUUGGAGAUGAGGACUCAGCUGCAAAUUAUCUUAGCAAAUGCAUUUAUUCAAUUGGAUUGGGAAGUAAUGAUUAUCUUAAUAAUUAUUUCAUGCCUGCUUACCCUAGUGGUACACAGUUCACACCACAACAAUAUGCUGAUGUUCUUAUUCAAGCAUAUGCUCAACAACUUAGGAUUUUGUAUAAUUAUGGAGCAAGGAAAAUGGCUUUAUUUGGGAUUGGACAAAUAGGUUGCAGCCCUAAUGAGUUAGCCCAAAACAGCCCAGAUGGUACAACAUGUGUUGAAAGAAUCAAUUCUGCAAAUCAAUUAUUCAACAAUGGAUUAAAAUCUCUUGUUAAUCAACUCAACAAUGAGCUUAAUGAUGCAAAGUUCAUUUAUGUAAAUGUUUAUGGUAUUUUUCAAAACGUCAUAAGCAAUCCAUCGUCAUUCGGAAUAAGUGUUACAAAUGCGGGGUGUUGUGGUGUAGGAAGAAACAAUGGUCAAAUUACAUGUCUUCCCUUUCAAACUCCAUGUAGUAAUAGAAAUGAAUAUCUAUUUUGGGAUGCAUUUCAUCCAACUGAGGUUGGCAAUACUAUAAUUGGUAAGAGAGCUUAUAAUGCUCAAUCUGGAUCAGAUGCUUAUCCUAUUGAUAUCAAUCGUUUGGCUCAACUAUGA